AUGAGGCUCUUACCUACCGCAGCUGUGCUUUGCGGCUUUUUGACUCCUUCAAUCUCCGGGGUCCUUGCCACGACUGCCAAUUCCACCACACACACCUCAUCGCGACUGGUAUUAUCGAACGAUUUCAGCCCCCCCAAAGUGUUCAAGAACGUCAAUCUCCUCAGAAUUAUAAAUCUUGAAAAAGGCUACGUGCGGGAAACUGUCAAUGUCGUGAUAGAGAACACUGCCAAGGAGCCGCAGGAGCAGUACUUCAUCCCUUUCGCAUCAGAUGUGAAAGUGGGGGGAAUAGAAGUGCGUGAUAAGAAUGCGCCAUCGGCUGGCAAAUUUCUGGUGGAGACCACGGAGGUGUUGCAGUCGAGCCCCAACCAAUACUUCGUCGUUCACUUCCCGGAGUCACUGAAAGCGUCCUCUCAAAUCACCCUGAGCAUAUCCUACUACAUCCUGCAAGCUCUGGCUCCGCUCCCUGCAGCUAUUGAGCAAGACGCUAAACAAUACCUCUCAUACUCGUUUCCCGUCUACGCCCCAUCCGCUUACACAACCGACAACCAGAAGACAAAGAUCAAAUUCCCCAGCUCCAAUGUGCCAGAUUAUACGGAGACUUCUGGCCUGAAAUCCGGUGCUGACCCAGAUCGACAAGGGAGCACCUACACGUAUGGACCGUACAAGACCUCCAAAAUAUCCACCAGCGCCACAGUGCCUAUGAUAACUGUCCGCUAUGAAUUCACCAAGCCAGUCAUAACCUGCUCCCUCCUCGAGCGAGACAUCGAAAUCUCGCACUGGGGUGGCAACCUUGCAACAGAGGAGCGUCUCUGGCUCCGCAAUGACGGUGCCAAGCUCUCAAAACACUUCUCCCGCGUCGGGUGGGCUAUGAGAAACUACCACAACCUUCCCACAUCCGCAAUGAGUGACCUGCGCAUCCCAUUGCUCCCAGGCUCCGUCGAUGCUUAUUUCACCGACGACAUCGGCAACGUCUCAACAAGCCGCUUCCGUCCAGGUGUGAAAAACCGUGAGGCGCUACUGGAGCUCAAGCCGCGCUACCCCGUUUUUGGUGGGUGGAAGUAUAGUUUCCGCAUUGGCUGGAACAAUGCGUUAUCAUCGUUCCUGCGCAAGGCUGGUGGAGAGUCGUAUGUGCUCAAGCUACCAUUCCUGGAGGGCCCAAAAGUGCCUGAGGGAGUGCAAUACGAGAAAAUCCAGUUGCGCGUGAUCCUACCUGAAGGCGCGCGGGCUGUGAAGUACGAGCUAGUUGAUGGCGUUGGGAUGCCGUAUAUGGUUGAGUCAGAGCUUGGACUGCACAAGACGUUUAUGGACACCGUGGGGAGGACUGUUUUGACGUUGCGGACGACGAAUGUGGCAGAUGAGGCGCGGGAAGGUCAUAUUAUUGUGACAUACGACUAUCCGGCACUCGCGAUUCUCCGUAAACCACUGACGAUGGCGGCAGGUCUGUUCAGCGUAUUUGUGACUGUGUGGCUAGUGGGCAAUUUAGAUGUCAGCAUUAAGAAGCGGUAG